GAAGGGCUGGGGAAUAGAGAGAGACACAGAGAGCAAAGGUCUGAGCCAAGGAGGGGGUAUUGUGAGGGAAUUGGGGAGAGAGUGAGGGGCUGGAAUAGUGACAUAGAGACACAGGGAGGUAAGGGACAUUCGGAGAGGGGGAGAGACAGGGAUAGAGUGGGAGACACAGAGCUAGGGGCUGGGCCUGGGCCUGGGCGGUGGGAGGCGGGAGGCUGACGCUGAGACACAGACACACAGCUGGGACAGAGAGACACAGAGGGCUGGGACUGGGACACAGAGAGACACACAGAGGGGGCUGGGGCUGGGACACAGAAGGGGUUGGGGUUGGGACUGGGACUGGGACUGGGACUGGGUCACAAAGAGAGGGCUGGGGCUGGGACAUUGGGAGAGGGAGCCCGGAGAUAGCGAUGGCCAGAGCUCCGAGACCACAGCCGCCGUUCGGUGCGAGCCCGCUCUCCGCCUGCUCCCAGCUCGAUCGCAGGGACUUCCCGGCCCCGGAGUGAGCGGAGCCGGCCUCCUCCUCCUGCCCGUGCUCGGGCUGCCGUGGGCCCAGCGGGCGGCAAUGGUUCGGGGUUAUAGGUGCAGGUUGGUGGGGCUCCUGGCCCUCCUGCUUGGUUUGCCGGUGAGCCCGGAACCCUGCGAUGAUGGCCGGUUUAAGCUUCAAGUGGAUUUGCCACCAGUGGAAGAAUAUGUCUGCCCUGGACCUACUUGGUCACUUCCGGAAAGGGUAAUUCCAAGUUUGGCCAAAGUAUAUCUAGAGCAGGAGGCUGCUUGUGUGUGUAUGGGAGAGCGAAUUGAAUACGAUGAGCAAAUCCCAACCAGUGGCAUGUAUCGACCUAUCUGGGCAGCAUACGGAGAAUACUUGUAUGUCCCUCCCCAGCGCUGGGUUCACAAUCUGCAGCGAGGUGGGGUAGUGUUCCUUUAUCAUCCGUGUGUGCACCCCAGAUUGAAGGAGGAGCUCACCCUACUGGCGAGAGCAUGCAAGUACCAGCAUGUCGUCACUCCACAUCUCAAUCUAAGUCAGCAAUGGCCUCUGGCCUUAGUUACAUGGGGUAAAAGUUUGGAAAUGUCAACGAUUAACUUGGCAGAAGCUGUUUCUUGGCUGAGGGAGAACGUAAACCUGGCGCGUAGCUCGGAAAUGGAGGAUGAUGGUGCUUACAACUAUCUGCUGAUCAGGCGAGCAAAGCUGAUGUCAGCCAGUAAUGUUCGUGUGCCCUGUCCUGAAAACCAAGUAAAGGAACUGCAACACUAUUUUAAGAAAAGUAAGCUUCAGUCAGCAGUAAGAAAAGGGAAUAAUAAAGUUGGCGUAAACAUGCUCAGCAAAGGACUGCAUGUGAUCUUCAGGCGGAGAAGAAAUUCCUCUCAGCUCCGAGAACCCACUCAACCCAGCCGGCUCGAUGAUAGAACUUCUUCCGCAGCAGAAAUUUCUUGGAAAAAGCACAAGGAAUUGACAAGGAAUGUGUCCAUUGUGAAUCAAUCAGCAAAUCUAAUGGGAGAGCCCAGUGGACCAGCAGGAAUCACUGGGAACCAGGAGACAACAAAGCGAAACAAUGAAGUUGGAGGCAAACAGAACAUGAGAAAUAACAUGCCAUUCACAACAUCUGACUUAGAGACACCUGGGAGUAAAGCUGACCCUCAGACUUUUCCGCACAGCAGUGUGGCCAAGCUGGCGAAUUCAACUGAGUUCAUUGCUGAACAACUAAAUUCUCAUCAGCAGAACCAAAUGCACAACACAUCAGAUUCUUCACUAGAUUCACAAGUGAAAGCUCAGAGGACCGAGAGUUCUGCACAAGAACACAUCAAAAGUGGUGCAAGUAUUACUGACAGAGCUAAUCAUGAAAUCCCUGCCAUGAAGGAGCAGCAGGUAGUUAAAAUUAUCACUAAGAGUAAUCAUGUUCCUGACAGUAGAGCUGUCAAUGAGGACACAGGUCAAAUACCUCAGAAUCGAAGCAAAGUGAGUGGUGAAAAUGCAAAAUCUCUACAGCCACUGCAGACUUCAGCAAUCUCUUCCAAUAAUGAAAUAGACAGUGGAGAAGUGGACAGUAACAGAACAGUCCAAAGAGUGGAGGUGGAAGAAUCAAAUAUCCCAAAGAGUAAUAAGACAGUGAUCCCAAAUGCUCAGGAUGAUCACAAUGAAACUGCAGCAGCAGAUUCUGUGAAGGUGAACUGCAAAUGUGAAGAUACAGCUUCUCAGAACAUACAGCCUACGCCUGGUCGUGCAGAUUCAAAUACUUUAAAGGCAGGGAUUCUUGAGAAAAUUCAACACCAUGAAGAAGAUAGGACAUUGUACCUCCCCACACCACGAACAGAGGAGGCAGCCUGGGCUGCAGCUGCCCUUGCAUUCCUCUUUGUGUUCCUUACACUGGCGGUGUUAUACACCAGGCUGUACAGAAAAUUUAUAAAGAGUGACAGUUUAUACUGGACACCAGUUCCAGCCAUUGAUGGACAGGAAACCGUAGCAGACGUGAUAAAGAGGAGACUCACUAGGUUUAGCAAGAGGAGGAAAAAAAGGCCGCUGUAUAAAAAGAAAUCUAUUUCACCUUAUGAUGUUCUUUCAAGUGACAACAGUGACUGAUGCUACCAAAGAUAUUAUUUAGCACUACAGUUCCAGUAGUUGGGCUGAUUUCAAUGCUCCGCAGCAUAGACGCUUACUGCAGUUAAGAGGUAGAUCUACAAAUGUGCAAAGAAGAAAUGCUGGGAAAAGUGCUGAAGAUGACAAAGCAAUUUUGUAUUUUAUUAAACCUUUGUACCAGUUACUUUGUUUAAAAUGUAAAUCAUGUAUUGUCAAAUGUAAUUAUGGAUGACUGUACAGAUGGUCCUCAGUGCUGUUUCAUAACUUUUGUAAUCUCACAGUAAUAUAAAGCACAAAUUUACACAGGCACUGCCUGUAUAUUUGAACUAUACCUGAUAGACAAAUGAUAAUGCAGUUGACAGCAAACAUCAAAUCAUAUCCUUUCUGAAUCUGCAAUAUGCAAGUUUCCCCUUGAUUUGCUUCUGUAAUUCAUUGAUGGCUUUGGGUCAUUCACUUGGAACAAGAUUAAACUUACCAAAUUUUGCUUCCUAAUGCAUUAUAAAAUGAACUACCAAAUUGCGUCAUCAUGUUCAGCAUUUAAAAAGAAACUAUUUGGUUUUAAAAACUGCUAAAAUGUAACUAGACUUACACGAGAUAAAAAGGAACAGAAGAAAAUGGGGCAACAGUAUAGACAGAACCUCAAACACCAGCAUGAUCUGGAUUUUGUGGUUAGAUAAUACCAAAUUUUAAGAGCUGGUGUGUCCGACUAAAUAGAUUAAUAUAGAAUCAAUUCCUGCUUGUUUCAAUACCUGACAACCUUAAGAACACAUUUAUUGUAAAUAACUUGCGAAGACACGGAAACAUUGUUGUCACAACAAGAUGUUCGCUGUGAUAAAGCAUAAACUAAGUUUUUGUUUUCGUUCUGUGUGCAUGCAUGCCAGUCUUGGCACUCAAAGAUUAACUGAGCCAGCUGUACCAACCUAGUCUUGUUCAAAUUCUUAAAUGAGAAGUAUUCAAAGCUACAAAACAAAACAAACACAAUGCUUAAAUUCCUGAUUUUUUUUUGAAAUGAAGAAAUGGAAUCAUUUUUGCCAUAAACCAUUACCUGUCACUUCCAGGGAAUAUCAUUAGGUUAUGAACCAAUAAUUUAGAAAGGAUCAUGAUCUCACUUCAGAACUGACAGUUGCAUCAUUGAGUGUGAUGAAGCAACUGGGUCAAAUACAGUCAUCUAAUGAAAAUGGUAAUCAGAAAUUUUGCUGGCCAGAUUUUUGUUGUACUUAUUUUCACCACCUACUAAAGCAUAUCACCUCGUGCUUUAAAAAACAAACACAAGAUCUGAUUUUUCUGACAGAAAAUCUCCAGAAAACAGGUUUUUCAUAUCAAGUUCUUCAACUUGGGGUGGGCACACAAAAAAAAUCAUCACUCCCUUAAAGAAUCUCUGGCUGCAAAUCUCUGUUUGUAGAGUGAAAAAUUAUUUUUGUAUGAUUGUAUGUGAAGAGUUAAAAGCUCCAGUGGAGAGAGAGUGUAAUCUUAUAGGGUUUAACUACAGGGCAGAAUAACAAUAUUAAUAGGUGUGUAAUCUUGUUCAUAGUUCCAACAAAAUGAGUGUAGCAUUGUGUGGUAGACAAACCUAAUUGGACAUGGGCUUCACCAAGCACGUUUAAAUGAUUUGCCAGUUUAACGUAGAGUAGCAUUAGUCAAAAAUAUUGAUUUAUCAGACAUGAUUCAUUUUCAGCCAUACCCUUGUCGCUCUUGUCUGACAGGUAUAAAUGGUACAAAUCUAUGGAUGAUGAAAGGUUCGAAACAAAUUCUGCAGUUAUACACACGUUUGGCAGAAGUAGAAGUCAAGUACUGCUGUAAAUAUAAAUGAAUAUGAAAGUGGCUCAUCAUUCAGAUCUGUGUAGAAAUUUUCAGUUAUUGGGAAGUCUUACAUAAACCAUGGUACCUUUGGGAGCAAUGUGUGUAAAGUUCAUGGGAUUUCUUCUUGGAUGAUAUGACACAUCAAACCAGUUUUCUUAGUGAUUGAUCUAGAAGUAUCAGAUUGCAAUAUUUUCAAAUAAAACAUCAGUAAUUUUUCUGUACGAUAUAUGAUUUUCCAGAAAUUAAAAUUUUAGGAGUUUA